AUGUCUUCUAGAUCCGUUGAAGCUGGCGUCAAAAGAAAGCGCUCGAGAGCGCAGUCCCUCCCCCCGCCCGAACUUCCUCGACUCGUCGCCGAACAACAUGUCCCCAUCGCAGCGAGUGACAAAGACACGAAAAGACUGAUCGUGGUGCUGUCAAAUGCCUCUCUCGAAACCUACCGAGCGGCACACAGCGGAAAACCUGGAGGGAAAGAGGAGAAGUAUUCACUCCUAAAUAGCGACGAGCAUAUCGGUGUCAUGCGGAAGAUGGGCCGCGAUAUAAGUGAUGCCCGACCCGACAUCACCCAUCAGUGCCUGCUUACUCUGCUCGAUUCUCCCAUCAAUAAAGCGGGGAAACUACAGAUCUACAUUCACACGGCGAAGGGGGUUUUGAUCGAAGUCAGCCCCACCGUGCGCAUUCCCAGGACCUUCAAGCGGUUCGCCGGUCUCAUGGUCCAGCUGCUGCACCGGCUCUCCAUUCGAUCGGUGAAUUCGCAGGAGAAACUCCUCAAGGUCAUCAAGAACCCCAUCACCGAUCACCUCCCACCGAAUUGCCGAAAAGUCACGCUCAGUUUCGAUGCCGAAGUCGUCCGAGUUCGCGACUACGUCGACACCUUGGGAGACAACGAGAGCAUCUGCGUCUUUGUCGGGGCCAUGGCCAAGGGCAAGGACGACUUUGCCGACGCCUUCAAGGACGAAUCCAUCAGUAUCAGCAACUACAGCCUCAGCGCCAGCAUUGCUUGCAGCAAAUUCUGCCACGCUUGCGAGGACGCGUGGAGAAUCAUCUAA